AUGGCAAUGAUUUUGUUAAUUAAUGUUGAUGAAAAAAAUCAAGUAAUGCAGUCAAAUGCUUGGUUAACAAUGAAGUGGAAUGAUUGCCAAUUUAGUUGGAAUCCAAAAGACUACAGCAAUAUUGAAAGUAUUAGAGUCCCAGUUGACAGAGUUUGGGUACCCGAUAUUGUUUUAUUUAAUAAUGCUGAUGGUAAUUAUGAAGUUAGUUAUCAAAGUAAUGUUGUUGUUGAUUAUCAAGGAAAUGUUAGUUGGGUACCCCCAGCAAUUUAUAAAAGUUCUUGUAGAAUAGAUGUUGAAUAUUUCCCUUUUGAUGAACAAACAUGUAUGUUAUUAUUUGGUUCGUGGACAUAUUCUUCAAAAGAAGUCCAACUUAGAUGGUAUGGAAAUAAGCGUUUUGUUGAUUUAGAGGAUUAUUCCCCCUCUGGUAUUUGGGAUAUAAUGGAUGUCCCUGGAAGGAUGUCUUUAGACAAAAGCAGAGUUGAAUUUAGAAUUGUUAUUAGAAGGAAAACUUUGUUUUACACAAUUAUUUUAAUUAUUCCAACGGUUUUAAUGGCUUUUCUUUCAAUGCUUGUUUUUUAUUUACCUGCUGAAUGUUCAGAGAAAAUAACUUUAGCUAUAAGUAUUUUACUUGCUUUAGUUGUAUUUUUACUUCUUGUUUCAAAAAUAUUACCUCCAACAUCUGACACAAUACCUUUAAUGGCUAAAUAUUUAUUAAUGACUUUUGUAAUGAAUAUAAUAACAAUAAUGUCAACAGUUUGUGUUUUAAAUGUCCAUUUUCGUUCUGCAUUAACCCACCAAAUGCCUCAAUCUGUUCGAAUUUUAUUUUUAAAUUUUUUACCAAAACUUCUUUGUAUGCCACUUCCACAGCCCCUUCGAAGAAAUUUUGGGAUUUCUUCUAUACGUCACCGUCCAUUAAACGUUAGAGGAGGUAAAAGAUUAGCAGAAGUUGAUCAACAAAAUACAGAAAUUGUUGUUGACAACAGUAAUACUCUUCCAUUUAAUAUUAGUAGAAAUUUAUCUUUAAAUAAUAAUACAAAAUUAAAAAAGAAGCAAAUUAGUAGAAGAAAACGUUUUUUAACAACACAAAGUCAAAAAGAGAGAAGAUAUUUUGAUCGUUCUCCCGGCUCUCCACUUCCACAAUUAAGGAAAUUACAAAAAGGAAUAUUUAAUAUUAAUUCUUCUUCUAAAUAUUUAUUUUUAAAUAAAUUUUCUCAAAAUUUAAUUGAAAAACAAGAAGAAUUAAGUAAUUUAAUGGCUAAAGGAGUUUCUGGUGUUCAAUUUAUUUCUGAACAUAUUAGAGCAGAAAUGGAUGAUAAAAAAGUUCGUGAUGAAUGGCGUUUUAUUUCGAUGGUUAUUGACCGUUUACUUUCUCUUUUAUUUUUUGGAAUUACUUUAGGAGGGGCUGUAGCUAUUAUAUUAACUGUUCCACAUAUUUUUGAACAAGUUGAUCAACAAAAAGUUAUUAAACAAUUAAUUGCUAAAAAUAGAAUUGAAAUUUUAGAUGAUUAA